AUCACCACCACCCCUUCCACCAACUCACUCUACAUCAAACUUUCACACACGAACCGACCGAACGGACUUUACGAAAGCAACGAACACAUCAUUACACGGGAAAAGGGACAGGAAUACACAGCAAAAAUGGGCCUCCUCCACGGCGCCGAAAUGACCGCCUCCUACAUCCUGCACUCGGUCUUCCGCCUCGUCCAGAUGAUCAUGGCGCUCGCCGUCUGCGGCCUGUACGGCGUGGACCUGAACAAAGCGAACAGGGAGCACAAGUACAGCGAUGGGAAAUGGGUCUACGCAGAAGUCACCGCGUCAUUGAGCGCCUUCUCCGCCCUGCUCUACCUCAUCCCCUUCAUGUCGCGCGUCCCGUUCGCGUGGGUGGUUGACACGGCCCUGUUCAUCCUCUGGAUCGCGCUGUUUGGGCUGUUUGGGAACAUGUAUAUCAAGGAAAAAGCCGAAGGGGACAGUGGGGUGCAGAGGAUGAAGAAUGCGGUCUGGGUUGAUCUGGUGAAUGCACUGUUGUGGUUGAUUAGUGCGAUCGGGAUGGUGGUAUUCUGGGUGAAGCACAAGAACAACAGAUCGAGGUGGACCGGACGGGCUCAGGUAUAAACACAUUGCGCGAACGAGAUACUCGAGUCGGGUGGCGUGGCAAGAAGAGAGGCGAGGAGAAGAAUUAGCGGUGGCAGAAGACGAGGAGACGAGCGUGAUAUGAUACAUGAUACCCGAAAGCAGCAGAUGGGGAGAGGAGAGCAUCGGAGCGUUGCGGCAGACUUAAGAUGAGGUUGCGGAGAGCGAGUAUAC